UGGAACCGGUUGCCCAAGGAGGCUGUGGAUGUCCCAUGCCUGCAGGCAUUCAAGGCCAGGCUGGAUGUGGCUCUGGGCUGCCCGGUGGAUUGAAACUAGGGGAUCACUGUGGGCCUUCUCAACCCAGGCCGCUCUAAGAUUCUGUGAUUCUAUGAGCUCGUGUGCUCAUGAAAAUGGCAGAGUGCAGACGGAUUGCCAAAAGGGGAGGUGGAACAGGGAGGCGGGAUUUGGGUGUAGGGUCCCCAGCCCCGAGCUGGGUGCACGGCUGCACCCGCACCGGGGAAAGGCAUUGUGACAUCACAGGGCGCGGCGUGACAUCAGUCUUUAUCAAGUCACGCCGGCGGCCUCCCCCAGCUCAGACACUUGGAGCACUCGCUCCGUCCUGGUGGUCACUGCUGGAGCUCUGCUCUGGGUGACAGCCACUUGUGUGUUGAGAGCGGUCCUUGGGAGAGAGCAGGAUGAAGCUCAGCCUGACUCUCUUCCUCAUCUUACUUGCUUUCAUGUCUCCGAUUCCUGACACGUCCAGCUGCCUCAGCUGGGUCGGGAAUUGGGACAAAAAGCUGCUCCAUCCCGAGGAGCAGCAUCCCUUAGAGACCGAGUGCCAGCCCUCCAGCUGGCUCUCCUGGCUUGGUCUAACCACCUGCCCCACCAAGAUCGAGGAUGGGAACAAAGGGCACGUCCUUCACGACCAGCACGGACCUACUGACACCAAGAGCCAGCCCUCCAACUGGCUCUGCUGGUUUGGCCUAACCACCUGCCCCACAAAGAUGGAGGACGAGAAGAAAAACCAGGUCCUUCACGAGGAGCAGCGUCCGGUUAAGUCCAAGAGCCAGCCCUCCAACUGGCUCUGCUGGUUCGGCCUACCCACCUGCCCCACAAAGAAAGACCAGGUCCUUCCCAAGGAGCAGCGUCCAGUUAAGUCCAAGAGCCAGCCCUCCUACUGGCUCUGCAGGCUUGGACUAACGUCCUGCUCCACCAACAUCGAGGACAGGAAGAAAGACCAGGUCCUUCAUGAGGAGCAGCAUCCGACUGAGACCAAGAGCCAGCCCUCCAACUGGCUCUGCUGGUUCGGCCUACCCACCUGCCCCACAAAGAUGGAGGACGGGAAGAAAGACCAGGUACUUCCCAAGGAGCAGCGUCCAAUUGAGUCCAAGAGCCAGCCCUCCUACUGGCUCUGCAGGCUUGGACUAACGUCCUGCUCCACCAACAUCGAGGACAGGAAGAAAGACCAGGUCCUUCAUGAGGAGCAGCGUCUUGUUAAGUCCAAGAGCCAGCCCUCCUACUGGCUCUGCAGGCUUGGACUAACGUCCUGCUCCACCAACAUCGAGGACAGGAAGAAAGACCAGGUCCUUCAUGAGGAGCAGCGUCUUGUUAAGUCCAAGAGCCAGCCCUCCUACUGGCUCUGCUGGAUUGGACUAAACACCUGUCCUCAGAAUGGAGACAAAAAUGUCGUGCUUCCUGAGAAGAGGCUGAGCGUUAAGGCUGAGUGCCGUGCCUCCAUCUGGCCCUUCUGUAUUCACCUUUCUCCAGAUGGGUCCCAAAACAGGGUCAGCGAGUCUGUUGAUCAAGAGGGCCCAAAGCAGCAGUCCCCGCGCACCCAGCAAAAGGCCUUCAGCGUGCCUGACACUCUGAGCAAGCUCUGGGGCUUCCUUAACCAACACCCGGCAACCUGGAUCGUUUUAGAUUUUGUGAAAGACUGGUGUAUGUUCCGGCUGGGGAAUCUUGCCUUCCAGUUCUGCAGAGAUUUGUGGAGACGUUAGGCACAGGGAACGGAACAAACGGCCUCAGCUUCCGAACGGGAACAGAGUGAUUUCCACAAGGCGCUUCUGUCCAUCUGGCAGCCUGUGGGUCAAAUGGUGACCAAAGGUGGCGCUGAAGGCACCUGCGAUGACAACAACAUCUUCCACUGGGUGGACACCAACCUCUCCCAGAUCAUCACCUCCAUUUUCCAUCAGUCAUGAAAUUAAUAACAUCAUCAUUUCUACAGCCUGUGUCAUUGUGGUGGCAGUGCGUCCGGGACAGUGGCAGCACUAAAAGCAUUGGUGCAGGACAGCGCUGCUGUUUGGGGACUGGGGGCAUGUUCCUAGGUGGGAGGAAGGGCAGUGGGCCAGGGAUAAAAGAGGCAUCGGUGGCUGUGAAGUGUCCAGAGACAGCCAUGCCCCAGGGGAGAGAGCACAU